CGAACUCUAGUUUCCAAAGUUUUGAUGAGGAGCUAUGGACAGCCGAUGGACAAGAAGUGAGUUUCCGUCAUUUUAGACCUCUAAAUAACAGAUGGAUGACAUCAACGUCCUACACCACAGAUGCCUCUUAAAUCUGAGGCGUCGAAUGAGAGAUAUUGGGGAUGGCCGCCCAGCACAGGAACGAUAUAUGAGGUUACAGAAGGAUGGAGACACACUCAGUUACCAAGGGAACUCUGAAGAGGUGGGUUGCUAUGUGGCUGGCCAUCCUCUGUCAAAGGGAAAUUGCUACUUUGAGGUGACAAUAGUGGACACAGGGGUGAGGGGGACCAUUGCUGUGGGCCUGGUGCCGAAAUUCUACAGGCUGGACCACCAGCCUGGCUGGCUGCCAUACUCUGUAGCUUACCACGCUGACAACGGCAAGUUAUACAACGGCAACCCGGUGGGACAGCAGUUUGGGCCAAAAUGUGCUCGUGGUGACCGCAUCGGCUGUGGAAUACACUCAGAAAAUAUUGAAGCAGGCUUUACAACAGUAUUUUUCACCAAAAAUGGUAAAGAGGUCGGUUCAGUGGAGGUUCCCGUGUCGGCAGAGGGGCUGUUCCCCGCCGUAGGGAUGCACUCCAUGGGGGAGGAGGUGAAGGUCGACCUGCAGGCGGAGUGGUUGCUGGAGGAAGAUGAUAGUAUGAUGAUGGUGGACAGCCAUGAAGAUGACUGGGGGCGACUUUACGACGUCCGGGUUAGCGGCACGCUCUUAGAGUAUGUUGGCAAAGGAAAGAGCAUCAUGGACGUGGGUUUGGCCCAGGCCCGCCAGCCACUCACCACCCGCUGCCACUACUAUGAAGUGGAGAUCGUUGAUGCUGGGGAGAAGUGCUACAUCGCUCUGGGCUUGGCGAGAAGGGACUACCCAAAGAACAGACACCCGGGAUGGAGCCGAGGGUCGGUGGCAUACCAUGCUGAUGACGGCAAGAUCUUCCACGGCAGCGGGGUCGGAGACGCUUUCGGUCCUCGCUGCUUCAAAGGUGACAUCAUGGGCUGCGGCAUCAUGUUCCCACGAGACUACAUCCUGGACAGAGAAGGUGAGGUUGAAGACUGGGAGCGGCUGGAGGUCCGUCCAGGUCACGCAGGCGUCCAGAAUGUCCUUUAUCUCAACGACGAAGAGGAGGAGGAGGAGGAUGGGGAGGAGGUAGAGCAGGGGCAGGAGGGCAGGAAGGUCACGGUGUUCUUUACGAGGAACGGAAAGCUGAUGGGACGGAGGGAGAUGGGGGUCCCUCCCGGUGGACUCUACCCCACCGUGGGGAUGCUGAGCAGCGGAGAGAAGGUCAAGGUGGACUUGCAUCCCCUCAGUGGAUGAGUGGAGCGCGUGGACCGGACUCAUGAUGCCCUGCAAAAAGCUGGCUGCACUGUAGAGCCCGCCCACGGUAGCCUAGCAUGCUGCUAACAGAACACACUCAGUUGCACACAUGCACGUCGCUGUCGUCGCCCUCGACGCUGCCUCUGCUUUUAUUUAUAAGACCUGUACAUUUUCACAGUCAUCACUCCACAGAAACACAACAAAACGUCCUCCCGGUUGUGACGUGUAGCAGAGAGGUCCGCAUAGGUAACAGCAUGUAGGAAUACACGGCUGCACCUCGAAGCUAAAAACACCUGGAAGAUAUUAAACUGUUAAUUCUAUGCAAUCUGUACUGCGAUCAUCCUCACAUCUCACCGGCCUCUGCAUGCUGCACGGUCUCAAACACUGAGCUGUUAAAUCCCUCUCAUGAGGUCUGGCACACUUUGUUUAUUUUAUUUGUCACGACCCCAAGCAAAGCAGAGCGAGGCCAGCAGUUGUGCCGAGUCAGAGCUCGUUGGCGGUUUAUGUUUCAGGGAAUAGACCCUCUCUCUCUCUCUCUCUCUCUCUCUGUCCCCCUCUUUCUCUCUCUCACACUCUCUCUUUCCCAACCUCCUCCCUGUCCUCUCUCUCUGGGCGAGGCUGCCCUCCUGUGAGCGAUCAGGGACCUGCUGUUGCCCCACCUCCCUCCCUCCCCUCGCUGCUCCCUUGGAGCUGGCUGGAAGUAAACUGUAGAUCUGUUGCAAUAUUUCUCAUUUUGUACGAGAAUAAAAUAGAGGAUUAUUACAGGUUUGGCAAUCAUAACCUCACUUACGAUGCUGUUGCAGAGCAGCGUCAGAUCAGAGUGGAUGCAUAGAUUUGUGAGUUUUUAUAGUUUCAUGUCGGAGCCAGAACACAGGUAUAUUUUCUAUGAGAGCUUUGGUUAAAAUUUAUCUCCUUUGUCAAAAGUUCAGGGAACGUGUUUUUGUUUUUUUCAAAGGCUGAGGAGACAUUUAAAGCAGACAUGAAUACAGUGGGUGGGCAAAAUAAAUAAAACACCUUCCAGUAUAAUGCAGUUCCAUGCAGCUGCACAAUCAUCAGCCAUAAAAGGAACCAUAAAGUAAAAUAUCUGAAAUUAAAAAUUAACUUUGCAAACCUCACACAUAAUUUGCAGGGCGGUUGCAUUAGACUGCAUUGUACUGCAGUGUGUAAAACUGUUUUAAUAUUUUGUUCUCCUUUUGUGUAAGUUUCACACAAAAGGAGAACAAAAUGUGCAUGUUUGCCCGCACUAUGAAGAAUUAUUUCUCUUCUCAUGCUUCUUUUCACCCACUUUUUCACCGUGAAGUUAGAAUGAUGUGAAUUUUUUUUGCAGUUUAACUUAAAUCGGAUCAAACCAAUUUCUUGCUUUUGUAGUCAGAAGAUAACUUAUUUUCUGUGAAGCCAAAAUGACAUGUAGAAUUAACUGCUGGAUGUUUUGGUUUUUUUUAAGGUAAAGACAAUGACGUUUGGUUGCUGCAUGUUUGUGUUUGUGUGUCUGCACAGCAUUCGACAGCAGCACCAGAGGUCUGUAUCACAAAGACAGAUUAGUCCAUUAGUCGUCUUUGGUUUAUAACUGUUAGAUCGCCAUGCUAAGUCGUGUUAAUUUUGACAGGAAUUUUAAAUUUAGUUAGUGAUAAUUACAGCUGUUUGUGAGUCAGAUUUUAGUCUUUUGGUUUGUUUUAGUCAAAAACAACUCAGUUUAAAUUAAGUCAAUGUUUGAUUCGUGAUUUUCUCAGACGGUUUCAUGAUACUUUUUGCUAAAGAAACUUUAUCCUGGCUUUAAAACUUCCAAUGAAAUAUAGGCAUACAUAUAAAUAUGUGUUAAGUCUAUCAUUUAAAGAAGAGCUUUAUUUUUCUAUGAGCAAGCAUACCACAAAAUUGCAAACUUCCUGUGGUGCACAAUACCAAAAUAAGGCACCAAUAGAGAGCUCUCCAAAGUCAAGUUUCACUUAGUAGAACUUGAUUAAAUAAUUCAGCAGUUAUUAUAUUGUGUGAACUGCGUUGUUAAGGCCGCAUUAGCUGAGGAACAUCAUGUUUAUUUACUUUAUGUGGAGCUAAAAUUAAUACCGAAUUAUCUUGAAUGGUCGCCGCUUGUGUUGGUGUCCCGAUAUGAGUCGUAAGAAAUUAAAAAUCAUCUUCUGUGAGGCGGAGAUAUUUGCCAAAUGCAUUUAGCUCCAAUAUAGAAGCAAGGCAAAAAAAGAACAGAAACAGCCUUUAGAUGGCUGCUGUGAUCGUGCUUUUUUCAGCCCAAACACAAAUGGCUUGUUUUGUCCAAACAACAAUCUAUGUUACUGUAAAAUAAGAGCGCAGGUAAGUGAAACAGAAAAUCAUCCCACUUGAGGAACUGUUGUUAAUCUUUUAUAUUUUUGCUUUAAAAAUGACUAAAGCCAUAAAUCAGUUAGCAAAAUAUUUAACCAUAUAUUUCCUUUGAUUGACCCAUCAUUUAUCUGACUAAUCAUUUCUCCUCUUUAUAGUGAAUGCUAAAUACAUCCGCAUUUUCAUAGGUCCAUGAACGCAGUGCAGGCAGAGCUCGUCAGGAGUUAUUUUUUUCAUCAGCAGCAGUUUGUGACUCACUCGAUUGGAUAAUCUAUCGAUUCAGUCAGAGCUGAUCAGAUCAGAUGGAUGGAUGAGAGGAGCAGCUGCUGCAGAGGCAAGUGAAUGCAAACUUUUAAGACCUAGCGCAUUUAACGGUUAAGUUUCAUUUUAACUUCGCCUGAUGUUCUGCUGCUCCAUCUGUACCCAGAGUACACUCUGUGCUCCGACACAGUGGUGCAAUGAAUAAUCAAAAGGUGCAUAUAUACAUAUAUAUAUAUAUUCUCAAACACAUGAAUGUUUGGGAAACCCUGUUAGUAUGAGGAUAACAAUAUCUGGAAUAAUAGAAUAUCUUUGAGUUUUGGACUUUUGGUUUAAAAGAACUUGAAGAUAUCACCCAGCCUCAUGGAAGUUUAUAUGGGUGUUUUUUAAUCGUAUAACUAAAAAAUUAAAUGGCAUUGGAUUAAUCAAUAAAAACAAAAAACAUUAGUUGCAGCUCAAUUGACUAUAAUUUCCACACGAAUUUAUAUAUCAGCAUGACUUUAUUUCUCAUGUUUCCAGAGCUUUUCUAGUUGUGUGAUUAUAUUUUGUAUGUUUUGCAGUAACUUGAUAAUGUUGUCGUUUCACGUCGUGUCACAUUAAGUUCGUAUUCAUGGAAAUUGCAACUUCCCAGAGAAAAUGCAACGCACCGUUACACAGAGGUCUGUAAACUCACUUCUUUCUAACUCUACACCCCCAGACUUUUUUCAUUUUCACACUUUUCACAUGCAAAGAGGUAUAUAUUCACUUUUUGUACAUAUUAGUGCUCUGAAAUACCUGUAAAUGCACUUUAAUGUGUAAAUUCGGUUAAACAACACUUCUUUUCUCAUGUGAACUCCCUCAUAGCCGGAUUAGAUUACGCUGGUUAUCCAGGAUCACAUGAGUUCGGCUCAAUUAAAGGUCAAGUGUGAAGGAUUUGGGGGGGGGGUGUAUUGUCUGUAAUGUAAUAUAACAAGUAUGUUUUCUUAAAAGCAUAAUCACCUGAAAAUAAUAUAACUUUCAACUGGUUGCAGUUUUCAAUUGUACUAGAUGUCACUAACUCCCCCUAAAUCUGACACAGUUGACCUUUAAAUCCGGUAAUCCAAACACGCCAAGUUGAGUUUGUUUUGUGAUACAGACCUCAGAGUUAAAGCAAUCUGCACAGGAAAGAAAUACUGUUUUAGUGUCAGUGGGAGCUGGUUUCCACACAAAUGAUUCAGAAUGAAGGGAAUAAAAUCAACAUUAUUGUCAGCUAAAAUCAUCUGCAUCUCCCAUAUCUGUGCUACAACAUGAACUAUAAUGUACAUUCCUCUGUACCUACCCGUCAGGUGCACACAGCAGGUCUCUAGUUUCAUCAUUAUUCAUACUGCAGACAGUGAUGCUAGAAAUACAACAUGAUGUAAAAUUACUACACAGGGUUAAAUUUAAAUCACAUAUCUGCUGGAGAUUGUAUGUUUAGCUGUUGUCAUGCAUUUUGUUUCAGAGCCACUGAUGAUGUAAAAAAAUCUGUAAAUGUGUUUUUCUUCUCCUGCAGGGCUGGACAGAGACUUACGAUCAGGUGGUGACAGCCUGAACUGUUAUAAACUUAUUAUGCUAGACAGUGCAAAGAUAUUAAUGAGACACUGAUGUGGACGUUUCGGGGCCACGUCUGAAGUUCAGGGUAUUGAAGUCACUUAAGUUAAAGUUUACUCAGAAUCUCAGUUUACAAAAAAAGUGUCACGGUUGAACCAAAUUAGAGCUAAAUCUGGUUUUAAAGUUUUGUAGCGUCUCUGAUUUUACUCACCAAGGACUCCUGUAAUGAUCCCUCGCCUUGUUGACUUGCACUAUAAUGGCCUUGUUCAGUACGUGUAUGAUCAUCAAUAAAGGUUUCAGUAAUGUAACAAACAAAAAAA